GUCUAAACCUCUGACGCCUUAUCUGUGGUGUUGUUUCACAAACGCGCACAUUUUCCCAUCUAGCCGUCUGUACAUUGCUUCUCUGAUUCUGAGACGGUCUGGUGGACGCAGGCAUUCCCACGAUCAAUGAACAGGUUGGGCGCGAAAUGAUUAAUCCGGAGUUUGUCGUUCCUGGUAUGAGGACGUUACAGCGCUUUGAGUGACUGACCAGUUACAGCCACGGAUACUAUCCGUCCGGCGCAAUGUGGGAACAGGUAUGGAAAUACCAUCAUUAGCCUUUCAAACGGAAUGCAACUCCGCUCGAAGGCAGCCUUCUGUGAAAUUGUAGCACGAGAAACGAUUAUAAAUACGUGACUCUAAUUAUUGAUUGCAGGAGUAUGGUAGCGUUUCUAACCAAACGGUAAUUUAUCCUAAAUAUAGAUAAGGUAUGUGCCCUCCGAAGACAGCUCUGCUUAAUAAUUUAGCGGGACAGCUAUCGAAUGUGCGUCUUUUGGGAAUCUUGAGGACGUGAUGUUCCUCUUUUCUUGUCCAUCAUUUGCUCCAAAUUUUAAACUGGGGCCAUGGACAUUUUUUCCAUUAUUCCGAAGGAGGGUUUUUUUUAAACAUCGAGGAAGAGGACUGCGCUCCUCCCUUUGACAUAUGAGGUUUUUUUAUUGAAAUUAAGUGAAGUAUGUAACCAGCCCUCAUGGAAGAGCUGCCAAACACCCCAAAAGGAAGCAGACCACUGGCCCCUGGGGACAACAUCGGCCCCUGUAUGGAGGGGGGCAAUGGUGAAACUGAAUGUUUUAGUGAAGGCUGCCCCUCCCUUGGUGGCAUGGAAACCAGCAUUCAUAUCGAGGGCAGCUGCACCAAGUCUCCAGCAAGCCCCGUGGCACCCUCACUGGAUUGCCAGGAUAUCCUGUCCCCUGCCUUCACGGAUACCCUGUCGGCAGCCUGGGCCCAUACUGGGUCUGUGAGGAAGAGCAAGACCCAUGACUGUGUGGCGGGCAUGGGGUGGUAUGCAGUUGAGUUAGAUGACGGGUCCACUGAUAGUGGCGGCCACACGCCCACUGUCCGCCAAAAGGGGAGGCUAGUCAGCAGUGUCAGCUUCUCCGGGUUCGCAGUCUCACCGAGCGGACGGGCCAAGCUACUGCGGGAGAACCAGGGAGUGUCUGCUGGCUGCAGCCGGGAAAUUAUCGACUACCGCAACCUGACACCACAGGUGCCGUUUGUGCCCUCCUUUGCCAAGUCCAUCCCCAAGAAGAGGAUCUCCCUGCGGAGGCCCAGAAGGGCUAUCAAAGAUCUUUUGGGUAAGAAGAGGGCAAAGCAGGAGAAGGCGAUCUCCCCUCGCACCCCGACUCCUGGCAUGGCAGGUAUGGAACAUUUGGUUGUGCAUAAUGGGGUCAGGAAACACAGCAGAUCACGGAACCAUCCCUCUGCUGGGCACUCAAAUCCCCAUAAGCACAAUGACCCCCUCUCAGACUCCUCCUCUUCUGACUACUGCCACAACAUCUGCGAGGAUGUCACGUCCCUGAAGAGCUUCGGCUCUCAGACUGGGUGUGGGGAGAUAUUUGCAGAAGAGGAGAACCUCCUCCCUUUGGAGGCCACACAGGGCCAAGGUCCUGACAGGGACAUCUGCGAGCCCAGGAAAUCCAGCCCUGUGAUAGGGUCCUUCCAGGGAGGGGUGGAACAGAUGGCCUCCCCUGCCCACUCUGAGAUCUUAGACUUGUUUGGAAUGUGGGACAGCCUGGGCAGACCUGUUCUCUUGAGGCAGAGUCCCAUUAAAGAGGGCAAGGCAGUAAAUGCUUUGUCGUCCACCACUACCCCAACUAAACCAACUGCCGAACACUUGGCCACUUCACCACACACCUCUAUUCGCACACUGGAGCAGCGGAUGGAUACGGUGACACAAAAAAGUGACACCCAGGAAACCAUCUCCACCAGUGAUGAAGGCUAUUAUGAGUACAUCUCCCCAGGCCAGGAGGUAACAAGUAGGGAGGUUCUCUCUCCUUGUCGAUCGGCCCGCUUUCCCAGGGAUAGCUAUAGUGGGGAUGCCCUCUAUGAGCUGUUCUAUGAUCCAGGUGAGACAGGCAUGACCCCAAUCUUUGAUGAUGAGAUGGGUCUGUCAGAGAGUGUUCUUGGUCUGACUGGUGACCUUCCUAUGUCCAUGUACAGUUUCCAUGUUGGGGCGGAGGAGAAUCUGGCCCCUCCCUUGGCUCCACCCCUUGACCUAAUUGGUCAGGAUCUCCUGCAUAGCAGCUGGAGGGGGAAAGACUGUCUGCUCAAGCUGUGUGACACUGAGAUCUCCCUGGCUAUGGGGAUUGUGAACUGGUUCAAGCAGAGGGCUGAGAGGAUGAGCCUGGCCGAGCCUGAAAGCAAUGGGGUGGACACUGGGAAAGGCGCUACCUCCGCUAACAUGAACAGCAGAACAGUUUCUCCAAAGGUUCAGGAAGGGGCAAAGAGCCAGCUAUCAGUCAGAGAUUAUGACAACACAGGGCCAAUGAAUCCCAAAGAGACUGUACCUUGCCAGCCAGAUGCCACCCCAGUGCAAACCAAUGUUACCCCUACUCCCAUGGACGAAGGACCCAUUUCAGUCUCUCCAGGCAGCAGCAGCCACGUGAGGAGUCGUAUCAGCACCCCCACAAAUGGCUUUUGCUUCCGAAUAUUUAAUAAGGAUUCUCCCCUGACCCCUGAUGGAGACCUGGCAUCCCCUGCGCUGAGGUCUCCAGGCUCUGGGACAAGUGCUGUGUUCCUUCUAGCAAUUAACAAAGAUUCACUCUGCAGCUCUUGCAAGAGUUCCCUGAAGCAGGGCUCCAAAGAGCUCUACCUGUGUGUCUCCUGUCUGUCCCUCAUUGAGCACAUUUCGACCUCUGAUCUCUCUCAUUACACUGGCUGCGACAGGUCAGGGUCCCCAGGGACUCCCCGUUCACUCCCAAGGGGCUUCCUGGAUUCUCCCAUCAGCCCUUGCAUGUCAGGAAGCGAUAUUGACAUACUCCAGAUUCUUGAGCAGUGUGUCGGCCAGGUGUCCUCCCUGAAGAUCAGCGGCAGCCCCAGCAAAGGAGACCACGAUAAGGGCGCCUCCUUCCCCCAGCUCAGCAGCAAGAAAGAUGUUAAAGCAGAGGGUAAAGGGCAGAGGCACAGGUAUCUCAAAUCAAAGCAUAAGCGGAAAAUCAGUGGUGGAGGGAACAGCGGUGUCAUGGAAAAGGGUGACCACGGGACAUGUGGCUUUGACAAUGAUUCCUUACCUCACCUCGGAGCUGACUGCCUGGCCUCUCCUCCACUGGAGGAGGCUGGCAGCCUGAGUUCUGUCUCAGAACACAACCAAAACUCCACCCAAACACCUAGGCCCAGGUCCCUCCCGUUGUCUAAUUCCACCUACUCAGAGUUCGGCAGCAGUCAGAGUCAUGUCAUCGCCACACUGGGGGAGGCCGCUGCCACCACCAGGGGGCAGCCACGUGAGAAGGCGAGGCGGCACAAGAAGUCAGCCGUGAACCGAGAUGGGCCAUGUGGCUAUGUCAUGCUGGAGGAAAAGAAGGUGGAACGCCGAUGCAGGAUGAAGAAAUGAAAGUAGUUCAGCCACCACGGGCUGGUCAUAUAAAACCCAGCAAGAGCAGCACCAAUCCUGUCUUUAAAAGCCAGCUUCAACACUGUCUCCAAAUUUCAAUUUCUUCCUCUGGACACCACUCCUCAAUCAACACUAUCUCUGGCCCAUCCCUAUUCACCACCCUACCCAAAAUCUGACUAAUCCCCAAUCCAGUCCUCAACCCCUGUAACAUCACUAGCCUUAUCCUUAUCAACUUCCCAGAUCCCAACUUCAGCCAUCCCCAAAUUUAUCUCCAGUCACAUCUCUAACACCAAUCCAUUUCCUGCAAUCCCAAAUCCAGCCAUUCCCAAAUCCAACCCCAGCUCCAAUUCCUCCCAAAUCCAACUGCAUAUCCAAUGUCCCCUCCUUCAAUAUGGCCUCCUACUGCAUCUCCGCCUCUGUAUAGGGGAAUUUUAUGCUCAGUUUGUUCAUUUCUUCUUCUUCUUCAGUCUCUAUUUUUAUGGUUUUUGAAAAUGUUCACAUAAUUGGAUUACUUUAUAUCUUCAAGACAUCACUUAACUGAGAUUUUUUUAGGACAGUUGUCUGUGAAGUCUUUUGGACUAGUUUUGUUGCUCAAAGGAAUGACUAUCCUUUUAAUCUUUUGUAUACAGCAGAUUAGAAGAACAAACAAAAUUCAAGGACUGCAAAGCCUUAAGUGUGUCAAUUGUAUCGACUAUCCUGUUUUUUAUCAGUUAUAUGAUGGGUUUUUUUAAACUACACAUUUAAAAAAGAAAACCUUGUUUAUUGAAUUUUAAAUAGCAGCACAAUUGCUUUAGCACUCUUACAAAACAAACUAUAUUACUAUGGUGUCUGUUUUGUCUUUAUUGGGAACCUUUAUUUGAUUUAUUGGGUAAAUUAGAUUUCUGUGCAAUGUGAUAUAUUCUGUUGUGUGCGUGUGUGUGUGUGUGUGUGUGUG